UCGGCUUUGUGUGUUGGCCUGGCAUUGGCUCUAAGUCUGCUUGAUGUGAACACGAUUGUUGGUCUUGCUGAAUCUGUCAGUAGCCCGGAAAAAUCAGCGGGUCUUCCAUCCAGCGAUGCUGGUUUGAUGGCUUCAGUGUGCACCCAGCAGGGUGCCGCUCAUACGCCUGCAUUCUCUGUGGAUGGGGACUACAGCAUUGGAGGCAUUUAUUCUAUCCACCACAACAUGCACACAGUGGACAACAACUACAACACAGCGCCUCGGAUUCAGAGCUGCACAGGCAGGGUGGACGCCCGUGGUGUGCGCCUCACUCGAGCGAUGAUCUUUGCCAUUGAGGAGAUCAAUAACAGCACAGAGCUGCUGCCAGGAGUCAAACUCGGGUAUCAGAUCCACGACUCGUGUGCCUCGGUACCGGUGGCCGUGCAUGCAGCCAUUCAGCUGCUAAACGGCAAUGACUCUGUGUUUAAAUCGGGCAACAACUGUUCUCAUUCUGGUGUGGUGAUGGCUGUCGUUGGCGAGUUUGGAUCCACGUCAUCCAUGAGUAUAUCACGUGUUUUGGGACCGUUUAACAUUCCCCUGGUGAGUCCCUACUCCACGUGUGCCUGCCUGUCAGAUAAGAAACAGUAUCCGACGUUUUUCAGAACCAUCCCCAGUGACCAGUUUCAAGCUGAUGCACUGGCCAAGCUGGUGAAACACUUUGGCUGGACUUGGAUCGGAGCCGUUCGGUCGGACUCGGAUUAUGGAAAUAACGGCAUGGCGGCCUUUCUAGAAGUCGCACUGCGAGAGGGGAUCUGCGUGGAGUACUCUGAAGCCUUUUAUCGGACCGACCCACGCAGCAAAAUCCAAAGAGUGGCUGAUAUUAUCAGAAGAUCAACAUCAAAAGUUGUGGUGGCUUUUGUGGCAAUUGGAGACAUGAAGGUCCUGUUAGAGGAGCUGGCUCAGGAGCCUCCUCCGCCUCGCCAGUGGGUUGGAAGUGAGGCCUGGAUCACCGAACCACAACUGCUGAGCUACACUUUCUGUGCCGGGGCCAUCGGAGUUGCCAUCCAGCAAUCUGUCAUCCCCGGCUUUAGAGACUUCCUGCUGGAUCUCUCUCCCUCUGAAGUGCGCGGCUCUUCAGUGCUGACUGAGUUCUGGGAGGAUGCGUUCAACUGCAGCCUGAGAGAAAGCAAUUAUACAUCCAAAAGAACGUGUAAUGGACAAGAGGACUUGACGACACUCCAGAGUCCGUACUCUGACACAUCUCAGCUGAGGAUAACGAACAUGAUGUACAAGGCUGUUUAUGCAAUAGCGCAUGCUAUUCAUAAUGCAUUGUUUCAAAAUGUGAAUUUCACCCCUUUUGAAACCCAAAGGCUGGAGUCAAAAGAGGUUUUUACUGAGCUUAAGCAAGUUAACUUUUCCCAAAAUGGUUACCACGUGUCAUUUGAUGGGAAUGGGGAUCCAGUGGCUUUUUAUGAACUGGUGAACUGGCAGAAGAGUGAGAGAGGAACAAUUGAUCCUUUAACUGUGGGGUUUUAUGACGCAUCACUGCCGGAAGGCCAAAAGUUUCUUAUCAACAGGAAAAUAACUUGGGUCGAAGGUGGCACUCAAGUUCCAGUCUCCGUUUGCUCAGAGAGUUGUCCUCCAGGAACUCGCAAAGUGUUGCAGAAAGGAAAACCAAUCUGCUGCUAUGACUGUAUACCAUGUCCUGAAGGAGAGAUCAGUAAUAUGACAGAUUCUCCUGAUUGCUUCCCAUGCCCCAGAGAGUUCUGGUCUAAUUCAAACAGAGAUGUUUGUUUCCCCAAACCUGUGGAGUUUCUUUCCUUUGAUGAAAUUUUGGGAAUCAUCCUGGCCGUUUUCUCUGUUGGUGGAGCCGUUCUGGCCAUCAUCACAGCAGUAACUUUCCUCCAUCACAGAACAACUCCGAUUGUCAGAGCCAACAACUCUGAGCUGAGCUUCCUGCUUCUCUUUUCUCUUAUUCUGUGUUUCUUAUGUUCACUAACUUUCAUUGGGGCCCCCUCUGAGUGGUCCUGCAUGCUGCGGCACACAGCGUUUGGCAUCACAUUUGUUCUCUGUAUCUCCUGUGUUCUUGGGAAAACUAUAGUGGUUCUAAUGGCCUUUAAAGCUACACUUCCUGGUAGCAAUGCUAUGAAAUGGUUUGGUCCUCCACAACAAAGGAUGACUGUAGUGAGUCUGACUUUAAUUCAGAUUAUUAUAUGUAUCAUAUGGUUGGUUGUGAGUCCUCCCUUCCCAGUGAAAAAUCUGAGCACCUACAAGGAGAAGAUCAUCCUGGAAUGUGCGUUAGGCUCUGCUGUUGGUUUCUGGGCUGUGCUCGGCUACAUCGGCCUGCUGGCUGUGUUUUGCUUUGUGUUAGCUGUUCUAGCUCGGAAACUACCUGAUAAUUUCAACGAAGCCAAGAUGAUAACCUUCAGCAUGUUGAUAUUCUGUGCCGUCUGGAUCACCUUCAUCCCAGCUUAUGUCAGCUCUCCUGGAAAAUUUACUGUGGCUGUGGAGAUAUUUGCCAUUCUGGCCUCCAGUUUUGGACUGAUACUGUGUAUAUUUGCUCCAAAGUGUUUCAUCAUUUUGUUUCAACCAGAGAAGAACACUAAAAAACAUUUAAUGAAUAAAAAUUAAAAUGUGGGUUUGUAAUUUAGCUAUGAAAAAAAAACAUCUUUCCAAAAAUGGCCUCCAACAAAGAGUUUCAAUUUGAAAAGCAUUGAUCUGAAACAUUGAAGUGUGACAACAAAACCAAGUGUCAAGAAAUAUGUAAGGGGGCAAAUACUUUUACUCAAGGUUGAACUCAUUAAUUCUUGAUAGAGUCAAAUAUGUUAGACCAUAUUUUGUCAGUUAUCAUAUUUAUCUUUAUUUGUAAGUAGUUUAACAUGUUCUCAUUGUCAGGUCCUGUUUUUUUAUUGAAUAUGUUUAGGUGAAGCAAAGAAAAAAAAUUAAAAAAACUACACAUUUAAAACUAAUUAAACUUUUCUCUGUUGCGUCACUUCAUUAAAACUUCACACAGGUUAUUC